AUGGCUGCUUCAUUCGGCUGGGGCCCCUCGCUGCGAGCCACCAAAGCUCUCUUUAUCUCGGUUUUCGCAAUCCUUUCGCUAUGGACAAUCUGGACACUUCGUCCGCACACAAAAAGCAGUUCUGAUAUACCCGUUCUGAUUCUGGUCACCGAAGAUGUUCCUCAAGAGCAACGUGAUAUACUUAGCCGUGAUGGUGCUAUUAUCGUGCCUGUGGAAGGGUUCUCUCGCGAAUGGAUCCACCCAAAGUGGGAGCGAUGGAACGGCGUAUUCGCCAAGCUGAACUUGUGGAAGCUCACUGAAUAUGAGAAGAUUUCGUUUCUGGACGCGGACUCAGUCAUCUUUGAACCAAUCGAUGGAAUAUUUACCGAGCGAGCCACAAUGACACAGAUCACCAGGCCCUCAUCAUCGGCUAUCAAUAUGCCAGGCCCAAUCCCCGACAGCUACAUGAUCGCUGGGAUGCACGAUCGCUGGGUGGAGGCCGAGCUACCACCCGUGCCUGGGAGGGACUUUUAUGCUAAGGACAAUUAUAUGAACGCCGGCUUCUUCGUCCUUGCACCAUCAGAGGCAAUGUUCAAGUACUAUUUGUUCCUGCUCGACCAGCCCGGUUUAUUCGACCCAGCCUACCCCGAACAGAAUCUUCUGAAUAAUGCACACCGAGUGGAUGGACGGAUGCCUUGGCAGGACGUUGGUCCCAUCUGGAGUCAGAAAGGCAGUAGUUUUGAGCAUUACGAUCCAAGUCUGAAAUCACUCCAUCAGAAAUGGUGGAAGACAAGCUUCGACCAAACGUUUGACGAGCGAAUUGCCAACGCCAUGGCUGAACUGAAGGAUUAUCUAGAAAAACACCAUGAAGGCACAAUGCAGCCUCGCUCGCCUUGA